UUUUUGAGGUUGUCGCCUCUGGCGCUCUUCACCCACCCCCUUUUGUGUCCUUUCCCCUUCGAGCCACUCCUUUUAAUCUUGGGCCUCCAUUAUCCUCUUCAGCUUCUUUAUAAGCCGUAGCGUUUUCUCCCCCCCCUCUCUUCUCGCCCGCCCUUUGGCCAGAAACCGCCCAGCGACGCAGACAUGGCCGAGGACAACAACCCGCAGCUGGCGCUCAAUGUCAAGAUCGCCGAGGGGGCGCACCCCGGGCGCGCGGCGGCGGCCCAGAAUGGGACCACGCCCAUCACGCCGCUGACGCGCGUUGACACGGGCUACGUCGGCGGCGUGUACAACGCCCGGGCCAUGGACCGGGCCCGGAGCCGCAACACCGGCUUCUCCCUCUCCCGCCGGCAGUCGGUCGUCUCGGCGCGCAGCGUCGACGACGGGGAGGGAGGUGCCUGGCUGAACGACGGCGUCAAGGAGAAGCAGGUGUUUCGUGGGAGCACGCUGAUGUGGCUUGCAUACCAAUCCGUCGGAGUCAUCUACGGCGACAUCGGAACGAGCCCGCUCUACGUCUUCUCGUCCACCUUCACGUCGGAGCCGUCCCCUGCCGACGUCAUCGGGGUCCUGUCCAUCAUUCUCUGGUCCAUCACGCUCGUCGUCACGGUCAAAUACGUCCUCAUCGUCCUCCUGGCCGACAACGAGGGCGAGGGCGGCACCUUUAGCUGCUACUCUCUCCUCACUCGCUAUGCAAACAUCACGGACCGCGACCCCCGCGAGCAGGGGCUCGUCAAGAUGAAGCGGCAACUGACGGGCGACCUCAAGCCGGGCACGGGCACGCUGCGCACGACGCUCGAGAAGAGCCGCUUCUUCCGCGGCCUGCUCAAGGCCAUCGGCGUGCUGUCGGUCAGCAUGGUCAUGGCGGACGGGGUGCUGACGCCGGCGCAGUCGGUGCUGGGCGCCGUCCAGGGGCUCUCGGUCGUCAAGCCCGACAUCUCGCAGCCCACCAUCGUGGGCUCGACGUGCGGCAUCAUCGUGCUCCUGUUCCUGAUCCAGCCGCUGGGCGUGACCAAGCUCGCGUCCGGCUUCGCGCCCGUCGUCAUCCUCUGGCUCGCCUUCAACGGCGGCUUCGGCAUUUACAACCUGGCCAUGCACGACUGGACGGUCCUCAAGGCCUUUAGCCCCCACUUCGCCUUCGGGUUUUUUGCACAACACAAGACGGAGGCGUGGAAGAUGCUGGGCGGCAUCCUGCUCAGCUUCACGGGCGUCGAGGCCCUCUUCGCGGACCUGGGCGCCUUCAGCCUGGGCGCCAUCCGGAUCAGCUGGCUCUGCUACACGUACCCGUGCCUGCUGCUCGCCUACAGCGGGCAGGCGGCCUUCAUCACGCAGACGCCCUCGGCCUACUCGAACCCCUUCUUCAACACGGUGCCGCCGGGCAUGCUGUACCCCAGCCUGGUGCUGGCGGUGCUGGCGGCCAUCGUGGCGAGCCAGGCCAUCAUCACGGCCACGUUCCAGCUCGUCAGCCAGCUCAUGAAGCUGUCGUACUCGCCCCAGGUCAAGGUCGUGCACGUCAGCCGCGUCUUCCACGGCCAGGUCUACGUGCCCAUGCUCAACUGGCUGCUCAUGGCGGGCGCCGUGCUCGUGACGGCCGUGUACCGCGACACGACGCGCCUGGGCAACGCCUACGGCGUGUGCGUCAUGUUUGUCACCUUUUUCGACACGUGCAUGGUGACGCUCGUGGCCAUCAUCGUCUGGCGCCUGAGCCCCUUCCUCGUCUUCCUGCCCUGGCUCUUCUUCGCCACCAUCGACGGCCUGUACCUGAGCUCGUCGCUCACAAAGGUGCCCGACGGCGCCUGGCUGACGCUCCUCGUCUCGGGCGCCCUCGCCUGCAUGUUCCUGCUCUGGCGCUUCGGCAAGGAGAACCAGUGGCGCGCCGAGGCCGAGGACCGCUUCAAGCUCGGCACCCUCGUGACCGCCGCCGCCCCGGGGACCAGCGGUAGCAGCAGCAACGAAAAGACGGGCGACAGCAACGGUAGCCGGCACGAUGGCGAUGACGGCCAGGCCCCGGCCGCUCUGCCGCCAUCGCCACCACCACCACCGCCACCGCCACCGCACCACGGCCAGCCGCUUCGGCUGACGGACCGGUGGGGCGGCGAGACGCUCUCGACGAUCCGCGGGCUCGGCAUCUUCUUCGACAAGUCGGGCACCACGACGCCGACCGUCUUCUCGCAGUUCGUCACAAAGUUCGUGGCCGUGCCCGAGGUGGCCGUCUUCUUCCACCUGCACCCCGUGGACGCGCCGACCGUCGACGGCGCCGACCGGUACCUGGUGCAGCGCUUCCGCGAGAUCCCGGGCUGCUACCGCCUCAUCGUCAAGCACGGCUUCAUGGACGAGGUCAUCACGCCCGACCUGGCCGCCCUCGUCUACGAGCAGGUGCGCGCCGACGUCGAGCGCGGCGCCGCUGCCAAGCCCGCCGACGCCGACGCCGCCGCCGUCGCCUUCUCGACCGCCGUCGAGGCCAAGGGGCCAAUCGACGACGUCACGGGCGCGGAGGAGGAGGCGGCGGCCGUGGACGGCAACGGCAACGGCGACGCGAUCCUGCGGCAGAGGAGGCCGGUGACGCUGGCCGACGAGGACGAGGACGAGGACGCGCGCGUCGCGGCCGAGCUGGCCAGGCUAGACAGGGCGUUUGCGGCAAAGGUCAUGUACGUGGUGGGCAAGGAGCAGAUGCGGGUGCGCGAGGGCACGGGGUUUGGCAGGAGGGUCGUGCUCAGCACUUUCCUGUGGAUCCGCGAGAACACGCGCGCCAAGAUUGCGAACUUGCGCCUGGCCAUGGAGAGGGUAGUCGAAGUGGGCUUUGUCAAGGAUAUCUGAGCGAGCGGCGGAGGAGGUAUGGCGUUUCGGUUUCUUUCGAUAUCAUUUUUCUUGUCUUCUUCUUCGGGUGCUGGGAUCACAGGCGAUGGGCGGCACCUUAUCAUGAGAGCUUGGGCGGCCCUUUGUUUCUUCGUAUUUCUGCUUUUCGCAUUUUACGAGUUACAUAUAUACGCUAUUUAUUCUUCACGACGCCUCGCCAUAAUCUCUAGCGUUUGUGGCUACUGUCCGUAGAUGGUGCCCAGGCG